AUGGAUAUAGAACUUCGAUGUCCAUUAUGUAAAGAUUAUUAUCGUUUACCAUUAUAUUUACCGUGUCAUCAUUCAUUAUGUGCUACAUGUGCACAUUCUAUACAACAGAACAUUUCAGUUGAUAUUUCACAAAAUGUAAAUAGUAAAUCGAAACAUAAUAAAAACAUUGUUGUUCGUAAUAGUAUAACUGGAUCUGAUCUUGGUUCACUAUCAUUUGCAUCUGACUUAGAUAAAUUAUCAUUAAUAAGUGAUAAUGAUUCGGGUGUUGCUGUUUCUUCUGCCUCAUCAUCUUCAUCCUGUUCAUCAUCUAUUACACGUCCAAAUAGUUUGAUUGUUUCACCAAUUGUACCACCAGCAUUACCUGAAAUAUCCAUAUUAAAUGGUAUGUCAUUUACUUCUUCAACAAAAAAUCCACUAUUAAGUAUAACAAAGACAACAACAACAUCAUCCUAUUCAACUUAUCUUCAAUGUCCUAUAUGUUCUAAAUAUAUUUAUAUGGAUCAAACAGGUGUUAAAAGUUUGCCAGAAAAUCAUUUAUUAAAAGAUAUUUUAAUUCGUUAUAUUGAAACAAAAAAAAUAAGUGCAAAAGAAUUAUUACCAAAAUGUCAAUUGUGUGAAGAACAACAACCACAACAAUCAGAUAAAAAUAAUAAUUUCAAUAUUCAAGAUAAUAUAAUACAAUUAUGUGAACAAUGUUUAGUUUAUUAUUGUGAAAAAUGUCGUGAACAAUAUCAUCCUAUACGUGGACCAUAUGCAAAACAUAAUUUUAUAAAACAAACUGAUUAUUUAUCACACCUUUCAUCACCGACAAAAAUAAUAUCUUCUUCUAUUGAUAAUAAAAUAUGUCCCGAUCAUCAAAAUCGUCUAUUGAAUCUCUAUUGUAUUUAUUGUCAUAUUGAAUGUUGUCAACAAUGUAUGCAAGAAAAUCAUGUUCAACACGAAACAAUUCCAAUUUUACAAGCAACCAAAGCAUAUAAGACGCAAUUAUCAACACAAUUACAAAAUCUAUCCGAGAAGGCUAAACAAGGAACAGAUUUUUUGACAAAAUUAAAAACAUAUCCCGAUCAUAUCAAGAAAAAUUGUUGCAGUUUUCAAUCAUCAAUUAUUAAAGAAAUUGAUAUUCUUAUACAAACAUUAGAAACAAAAAAACGUGAAUUAGUUGAUGUGAUUGAAAAUGAAAAAGAACGAAAAAUUUCUAUCAUUAAACAACAAUGUACUGAAAAUACAUUUCAUAUUCAACGAACAACCGGAUUUUUACAAUUUUGCGUUGAAGCAUUAAAAGAAUCAGAUCCAACGGCAUAUUUACAGGUAUGUCAUGGAUUUAAUACAAAAUGUAAUGAACUCUAUGGAAGUUUUUCGGAAGAAUUUGAACCAAAACCUCAUACAUCACAUGAAUUCGAUUUAAUAUUCAAUACUGAGAAUUUAUUACGAGAAAUUCAUCGUUUACAAUUUCAACAAAUGAAAGCUCCAUUAUCACCUCGUUUCAAUAUUGAACAAUGUACGUGUGAUGACUCUGGCUCUGGCACACUUGCAUGGUAUACCAGAGAUCGUUCAACAAUUCAAAGUUUUAUACUUGAAUUAGAUGAUGGAACAUUAUCAAUUUAUUGGUUUACAUUCAAUCCACGAAUUGCUCAUCCUGAUAUUACAUUUUUGAGUGUUAAUUCUGAUGCCGUGACAUGUCAAAGUUAUGAAGAUCGUGUCGUAUUGGGCAAUGUUGGUUUUCGUAAAGGUGUACAUUAUUGGGAGUUGACUAUCAAUCGUUACGAUGAUAAACCUGAUCCUGCAUUUGGUGUAGCUCGUUUUGAUGUAUCAAAAGAUUAUAUGUUAGGCAAAGAUUCAAAAUCUUGGUGUAUGUACAUUGAUAGUGAACGAUCAUGGUUCAUGCAUAAUGGACAGCAUACAAAUCGUCAAGUUGGUGGUAUUGGGGUUGGUAGUGUAAUUGGAUUAUUACUUGAUUUAAACAAUGGAACAUUAAGUUUUUACGUAAAUGAUGAACCGCAGGGUCCAGUUGCAUUUACAAAUUUACAUGGAAUAUUUUAUCCAGCUAUUAGUUUAAAUAAGAAUGUACAUGUAACUCUACAGUCAGGUUUAGAUCCACCAAUUGACUGA